AUGGAAAAGAUCCAUGCGGGGUGGUCUGUAACCUUCAAGUUUCGGGAUGAUGAUCCGGAAUUCUUGACCGUGUAUGUGGAGAAGCAGCCGGUGAAAGCUCGUGAUGAUCCAAAACAUGGUGGCAACCCUCCAGGAAAUCCGCCGGGCAACCCUCCACCAAAGUCUGGUAAGCCCGAAGGACCGCGACCGGCCAAUGAUGACUUUCUUGGCCCUGCAGAUGUGCCACGACCAGAGCAUGAGACAAGCACGGAGUCUCCAGGAACACCCGAAGAUAUCGUCCCCAGUGAUGACAAACAAACGAGCAGGGAGAAGAGCAAGACUAAACCCAAGGACAAGACUGAGGCCAAGAAUGUUAAAUCCAAGGAUGCCAAUGCUAAGGCUACGGUGGCACUUCCGGGCGACACAAAGAACAAAGCCCCUCCGAAGUUGGACGAUGAUGCCACCAGGAAGCUGCUGAUGCUUUUCGGCAUGCAUUUCAAGAAAGCUUUG